ACAGCAGCUUCUUCUGACAUAUACACACGCACACUCACCCCCGACUCACACUCAGCACACUUUUCCUCCAUCUGAUUAACAGUCCUGCACACACGAUGAUCACGGGGAAAGCGUAAAUAAAUACGAAAAGGGUUGAUUAUUUUGACUACUGGAAGAGCUUUGCUGGGUCUCAGCGCAACUUUUGUUUUUAUUACUGAGAAGGUGAUUGCUCCAGGCCUUUCUCUCACACAAGGAUUCUUUAAAAGAGGAAGAGAGACAGAGACGGGGGGGAGACCAAUCUUUCACUUUAAGACCGGCUGGGCUCAAAGAUAAAAGGAAGGGGAAGGCAGCCGCUAGGAAUCCACCGCCGCAGCACUUCGGAAAGACGUUUCUGGUACAUUUCUGAGCGCCGCGGCCCGUUUCUCCACCGAAGUUGGCUCCAGCUCUAGCAGCCGCAUUGGAUCCCACAGCUUACUGCGAGACUCCGGUGUACAAUCCGGAUCUCUGCCCCAACAUGAUCGCGGCCCAGGCCAAGCUGGUCUACCAUCUGAAUAAAUACUACAACGAAAAAUGCCAAGCCAGGAAAGCUGCCAUUGCCAAAACUAUCCGGGAAGUCUGCAAAGUAGUUUCCGACGUCCUGAAGGAGGUGGAAGUGCAGGAGCCGCGGUUCAUCAGCUCUCUCAACGAGAUGGACAAUCGCUACGAGGGCCUCGAGGUCAUCUCCCCCACCGAAUUUGAGGUGGUGCUUUACCUUAACCAAAUGGGAGUGUUCAACUUUGUGGACGACGGCUCGCUGCCUGGCUGCGCGGUGCUCAAGUUGAGCGACGGACGCAAGAGGAGCAUGUCCCUCUGGGUGGAAUUCAUUACCGCCUCCGGCUACCUCUCGGCGCGAAAAAUCCGGUCCAGGUUUCAGACGCUGGUGGCUCAAGCGGUUGACAAAUGCAGCUACAGGGAUGUGGUAAAGAUGGUGGCAGACACCAGCGAAGUGAAACUGAGAAUCCGAGAUAGGUACGUGGUGCAGAUCACACCGGCUUUUAAAUGCACUGGGAUCUGGCCAAGGAGUGCUGCCCACUGGCCACUUCCCCACAUCCCCUGGCCUGGACCCAACCGGGUGGCGGAGGUCAAAGCGGAAGGGUUCAACCUCUUGUCCAAGGAGUGCCACUCCCUGGCCGGCAAGCAGAGCUCGGCGGAGAGCGACGCCUGGGUGCUGCAGUUCGCGGAGGCAGAGAACAGACUGCAGAUGGGGGGCUGCAGAAAGAAAUGCCUCUCCAUUCUCAAAACCUUACGGGAUCGUCACCUCGAACUGCCAGGCCAGCCCCUGAACAAUUACCACAUGAAGACUCUGGUUUCCUACGAGUGUGAAAAGCAUCCCCGGGAGUCGGACUGGGACGAGUCUUGCCUGGGUGAUCGGCUUAACGGGAUUUUGCUGCAACUUAUCUCCUGCCUGCAGUGCCGGCGGUGUCCUCACUACUUUUUACCGAACUUAGAUCUGUUUCAAGGCAAACCUCACUCGGCUCUGGAGAACGCUGCCAAACAAACGUGGCGACUUGCAAGAGAGAUCCUGACCAACCCGAAAAGUUUGGAAAAACUUUAGAGGACAAUUUAAUCGACAGCCGAAAUGUGAUUCCUAGUCUCCAAGUUCUCAAGAAGUGUAGACUUCCUGUUCGAUUCCUAUCUAAUAUUCCACUUGACAGUGCAAACAAUCUCUUCCUUGAAAAGGAAUACUAAUACAGGGUUUAGGCAUCAUCUCACCCACCCCUCCAGAGGAAGGAAAAGAAGUAGGGAAAGCCAAGCGGAUGGAGAAAAGCCCAAACCCGCAAGUAUUAGAAGACUUCUUUACAAAGGAUUCAUAUCGCCCUUGAAAAGUACACAGUAACACCCGGAAAACAGCCUGGCUCUAAUGCAAGACCGCAAUGAACACUGCCUAACUAUCAAAGGAUUAUAGCAAUCCUGGUGAUUUAGGCGCAUCUGGCUGUGAGUAAACACGAUUUGGAUAUGCCAUCGGAAGGGAAGUGUAAUGUAUAUUUUGAUUUGUAACAAAUAUUGUGAUCUCACUUUGUCUUUGCAAGUGUGGAUGUUGGUGUUUUGUGAUUUGGUGAACAGAAGUUGAAUUGCCAUUUUGGAUACUUCCAGGCAUUUUCCACUAACGAAGAUAUAAUUUAAAGGUAGAUUUCCUCUUGGUACUUUUAUCUGUCUUCAAAAGUGUCUGAACUUUAAAAAGUUUACAUUAUGUUUCAAAUAUAUUGCUUGUUCUAUUUCUAACAUUCCAUAAAUAUACUUGAAAUGUUAUUUAAAUAUAUUCAAAGAAAUUUGAAUUCAGCUUAUAUAAUAACGCUUGAAUAUCUGAAUUAUAUAUUUGAAAAAUGCACUUGAAAUACACUGGAUAAUUACUUUUGUGAUUUAGAUUUUAAUUUCUGUUGCCGGUUUUUAUUUAAUUAGAAGCUAAUAAAUGAAG